AUGCAAGCUGUUUAUGGUAAAUUGGUCCAUUCUCACAAAGCCAAAGUAAAUGAUCCAUAUUUGUUAUAUUACAAGAGAUUGGAUCACAGUAAUCCUAAAGCAAAUCAUCAACUUUCGCAGAAGCAAUUAGCAAUGGAUCUUCGCGCUUGCAUGAAAAUGACGAUGUUUGUAGAGCAUGUCAGCUUGGCAAGAUGCAAAAGCUUCUAUUUCCAUAAGAGAACAAUCGGAAAAACUAAUGUUGUUGUUGAUGCCUUGAGUCGGAAAACUGUGCAUAGUUUGUGUUUUGCCUUGGGCAGAGUGCGGUUGAGAGAGGAAAUCCAAGAGAUGGGUAUCGAGAUAGUAGACCAUGGGAUUAGGAUGAAAAAAACUGAUGAUACACAACUGGUUAAGAGGGCUUCAUUAGUGGUUGAGACACCCGAACGAAAUUUUAGCAUACACGAGGAAAAAAAUUUGUUAUGCGAUGAUAGAUGGUGCGUGCCUAAUGAUCCAAACUUACGUACACGUAUUCUUAGAGAGGCGAAUAGCUCAUGUUACUCUAUACACCCGGGUACUAACAAGUUGUACCAAGACCUUAGAAAAACCUUUUGGUUGCAUGGUAUGAAGAAGGACGUUGCUAACUUUGUUGCCAAGUGUUUAACCUGCCAAAAAGUCAAGAUAUAUCACCGUCAACCUCAAGACUUCUAA